AUGUCCACAGAAGUGUAUGAGAGUACAACCCUUCCCACCACUUUUGACCCUACCACAGAUAUUGCAUUCGGGAGUACAGACACCAUAGGCCGGAGCACCAUGGAGAAGUCAAGUCCUCCCCCACUUGACACUACAACUAAGGUGGGCACCACUGAUGGAACUGAGAGCACCACCAGCCUCUUUUUCUCAAGUCCAUCAGCUGAGACAACCUCGGAAAAUGAAACGCCACAUUCUCAGACGACGAGUGUCACUGAGACCUCCAGCCAAUUUGAGAUCAACACAUCUGAGUCCCUGCCAAAUAGAGACUCAGUCACAACCAUCCGACUCUCCAGUAACCCUUCUGGUACUGUAAGUCCAAAGGAUGCCUUCACAACUGCAGAAAACACAACUGUUGUGUCAAACAUCAGCAAGCCUGCUGGGACGACAACUGGAGAAGACACGACAAGAAUAGCAGAGACCAGCACGGAUCUCUUCCACCCCACUAUGUCAUCUGAGUCCACAAAAGAGUCCACAACAACAGGUACAAGUGCAACUACAGAGAAGAUCAGCGCCUCUCUCGCCACAAGCCCAGUACAAGACACAAACAUCGACAACUCCAAGCGGUGCAACUGCUGGGACACCCAGCACUACGCACACAAUGGGACCUACUUCGGCUGCGGAAAGCGCUACCCCGCUUCAUACUACACUUCAGACGGGCACUGUACCAACCGAGACAUCUCCUGCUGGGCACACACCAGCACUGCAGCUGAGACGACAACAAGCACGCUCCGCAGCACUACUGACAGUGGCACAAGCCCAAACACCUCCUCCCGGAACAUCGGUGGAAACCACAGAGAUGGCUGGAAGCUCCUAUCUGCUGAGACCACCACUGGCUCUGUAACUAGUCCUCCGUGCAGAAACAUCGACAACUCCAAGCGGUGCAACUGCUGGGACACCCAGCACUACGCACACAAUGGGACCUACUUCGCCGCGGAAAGCGCUACCCCGCUUCAUACUACACUUCAGGUGGGCACCACUGCUGGAACUGAGAGCACCACCGGCCUCUUUUUCUCAAGUCCAUCAGCUGAGAGCACUACGGAAAAGGCAACGAUACCUUCUCAGACGACGAGUGUCGCUGAGACCUCCAGCCAAGCCGAGAUCACAACAUCUGAGUCCCUAACAAAUAGAGACACUCUCACAACCGUUCCACUCUCUAGUAACCCUUCUGUUACUGCAACUCCAAGGGACACCUUCACAACAGCAGAAAGCACCACCGCUGUGCCACACACCAGUUCACCUGGUGGGACGACAACUGCAGAAGACACCACUAGAGUAGCAGACACCAGCACAGUUUCCUUCCAUCCCACCACGUCAUCUGAGUCCACAAAAGAGUCUGCAAGCAAAUCUACUUCCAUGACAGACUCGUCUCAGACGACGUCCCGGACUGACAGGACGUUAAGUGUUGGGAGCAGCCCCCCAGAGAACUCAUUUGUAAGCACCGCAGAGGGCACUACGACAUCAGCUACACCUACCGGAGCAAGUACCUCGAUAGAAAGGCAAAUAUCCACAGUUCUCCCAGGAAUCAGUAGUCCCCAGGCAACGACUGAAACUUUGGGCACCACUAAUGCACCAGGAGAAAUCACAACUGUCUCUCCUGCAAUUCCAUCAGGCAGGUCCACAGAGAUGUCCGGAAGCACAUCUCCUCCCACCACUUUUGUGCCUCUCACCGCUACUACAGAGGGCAGCUCAGGCACCGUAGCCCAGAGUACGGCGCAAAAAUCAAACCCUAUCACCUCUACCAUAGCGGAGACCAGCACCUCUGAAGGCAUUAGCGUAACAGCGGAGAUGCCCACUUCUUCAACAGUAACUUCUAGCCCUAGUGAGACGAGCACUAUUCCUGCAAAGACAACUUCAAAUUUAUUUCCUUCUAGUGCAAGAACUGAAUCCACAGGAAUGGGUACAAGUUCACCUGCUGAGCAGACCAGCGCCUCUCUCGCCACAAGCCCAGUACAAGACACGUCAGCCCUGGCCAGCACUUCAGCAGCUGGAUCAAGGCCAACGUCUCAAGGGAGCACUCCCUUCCCUGAGACGGGCACUGUACCAACCGAGACAUCUCCUGCUGGGCCACACACCAGCACUGCAGCUGAGACGACAACAAGCACGCUCCGCAGCACUACUGACAGUGGCACAAGCCCAAACACCUCCCUCCCCGGAACAUCGGUGGAAACCACAGAGAUGGCUGGAAGCUCCCUAUCUGCUGAGACCACCACUGGCUCUGUAACUAGUCCCCUCCCUGCAGGAACAUCGACAACUCCAAGCGGUGCAACUGUUGGGACAGCCAGCACUACGCACACAAUGGGACCUACUUCGGCUGCGGAAAGCGCUACCCCGCUUCAUACUACACUUCAGGUGGGCACCACUGCUGGAACUGAGAGCACCACCGGCCUCUUUUUCUCAAGUCCAUCAGCUGAGAGCACUACGGAAAAGGCAACGCCACCUUCUCAGACGACGAGUGUCGCUGAGACCUCCAGCCAAGCCGAGAUCACAACAUCUGAGUCCCUAACAAGUAGAGACACUGUCACAACCCUUCCACUCUCCAGUAACCCUUCUGUUACUGCAACUCCAAGGGACACCUUCACAACAGCAGAAAGCACCACCGCUGUGCCACACACCAGUUCACCUGGUGGGACGAAAACUGCAGAAGACACCACUAGAGUAGCAGACACCAGCACAGUUUCCUUCCAUCCCACCACGUCAUCUGAGUCCACAAAAGAGUCUGCAAGCAAAUCUACUUCCAUGACAGACUCGUCUCAGACGACUUCCCGGACUGACAGGACGUUAAGUGUUGGGAGCAGCCCCCCAGAGAACUCAUUUGUAAGCACCGCAGAGAGCACAACAACAUCAGCUACGCCUACCAGAGCAAGUACCUCGAUAGAAAGGGAAAUAUCCACAGUUCUCCCAGGAAUCAGUAGUCCCCAGGCAACGGCUGAAAUUUUGGGCACCACUAAUGCACCAGGAGAAAUCACAACUGUCUCUCCUGCAAUUCCAUCAGGCAGGUCCACAGAGAUGUCCGGAAGCACAUCUCCUCCCACCACUUUUGUGCCUCUCACCGCUACUACAGAGGGCAGCUCAGGCACCGUAGCCCAGAGUACGGCGCAAAAAUCAAACCCUAUCACCUCUACCAUAGCGGAGACCAGCACCUCUGAAGGCAUUAGCGUAACAGCGGAGAUGCCCACUUCUUCAACAGUAACUUCUAGCCCUAGUGAGACGAGCACUAUUCCUGCAAAGACAACUUCAAAUUUAUUUCCUUCUAGUGCAAGAACUGAAUCCACAGGAAUGGGUACAAGUUCACCUGCUGAGCAGACCAGCGCCUCUCUCGCCACAAGCCCAGUACAAGACACGUCAGCCCUGGCCAGCACUUCAGCAGCUGGAUCAAGGCCAACGUCUCAAGGGAGCACUCCCUUCCCUGAGACGGGCACUGUACCAACCGAGACAUCUCCUGCUGGGCCACACACCAGCACUGCAGCUGAGACGACAACAAGCACGCUCCGCAGCACUACUGACAGUGGCACAAGCCCAAACACCUCCCUCCCCGGAACAUCGGUGGAAACCACAGAGAUGGCUGGAAGCUCCCUAUCUGCUGAGACCACCACUGGCUCUGUAACUAGUCCCCUCCGUGCAGAAACAUCGACAACUCCAAGCGGUGCAACUGCUGGGACACCCAGCACCUCGCACACAAUGGGACCUACUUCGCCGCGGAAAGCGCUACCCCGCUUCAUACUACACUUCAGAAACAUCGACAACUCCAAGCGGUGCAACUGCUGGGACACCCAGCACUACGCACACAAUGGGACCUACUUCGGCAGCAGAAAGCGCUACCCCGCUUCAUACUACACUUCAGGUGGGCACCACUGCUGGAACUGA